AUGCCUGAUUCAAACGGUCUUGACAGGCACCAGGCCUUGAAAAACAAAAAGGUCUUGCUAAACACACUCAAGGAAUGUUGGAAUGCCUGCAUCUACCCCGGCUCGCACGAAAGCAAACCCUUUGUCACCGACGCCAUCAUCGCAACGCCUCUUGCACACGCUCAUGUCCAUUGUGCGGAGCGGUUAUCCAUCCCGCUUCAUAUAAUGUCCAACAGCCCCUGGACACCGACGCGACGAUUCGUACACCCGCUAGCACAGAUCACGACGGGGAGUGAGAUUGAUUACCAGUUGCAAAACUAUAUUUCCUAUCUACUGGUCUGGGAGUCGGCAUGGCAUGAGGUGUGCAACGUCGUCGAUCAUUUCCGAAAAGCAGUCCUAGACCUACCGCAGCUGCCUCUAUCUAGCGGAGCUGAGAUUUUAAGAGAAUCAAAGAUUCCUCAUACCUAUCUAUGGUCAUCGGAAUUGCUCCCCAAACCAGAGGACUGGGAUGACACCAUUGAUAUUUCCGGCUAUCCUACAAUCGAAAGCCCAUCUUCUUAUACCCCGUCAAAGGCGCUAAAGAAUUUCCUCGAUUCCGCACUUGAGCCUGUCUUCGUUGCUCUGGAUAUCACCCAAUUGAAGAACCCUGAGUUAUUCGUUCAAUAUCUCGUGGAAGCUUCACAGAAACAUGGGAUAUAUCUGCUUCUGCCGAGUGGGUUCCGAGAAGCAAUUGAUGUUUCUGAAUUGCCGAAGAUUUUCCUGCUAGAGAAUGACCCAAAUGUCAAAGAAUGGCUCAUCCGCCGAGUAUCGAUCUUAUUCACCAGUGGUGACAUCCCAACGGUAAAGCAGGGUGCCAAAAACGGGAAACCAAUGAUCUCACUACCACUUCUUUGCGACCAACCCUUUUGGGCAACCACCAUCUACAACGCAGGACUCGGUCCAUCUCCACUUCGCGAGCAAGCGCUCAGCAGCGAAGUCCUUUUCGAGGCGUUCCAGUAUUGCCUAAGGCCAGAGGUCAAACGAGUUGCUUCAAGGUUAGGCCAGAAGAUCCAGGGGGAGAACGGCACUGCAAACGCCGUCCAAUCAUUCUAUCGCCAGUUAAAAUGGGAGAAGGUUCAAUGCAGUGAUGCCGACACAGAGCCUGUGAUCCAUCGCAUGCAAUUACAACCAUCGUUUAGCAGCAAGUUUGAGGCUGAUGUGGUCGUCAUUUCGACAAGAGGAGGUGGCUCCACGGCAGAACUGGAUGAGUACCCAGCACACACAAGACGAGAUAAAACCCGCGAGCUCGUCGAAGAAAAAGUCAAGACCACUUUCCUUGUCGACGCAAAGGGCGUAUCCAUAAGUCUGAUCAAAGCCAUCAUCAAACCCACUGUCUCGCAUAUCGCAGAUGCGCACAGGAAACGCGAGACUGAGAAUGACGUACCCGUGCCGAUGGGCCAGAAAGUCGCGCAGCCUAAAACCCGAACCGAGACGGCUAUGAAAGUCGCGAGAACCGUGGGCUUUGGGUCUGCGGUUACUUGUGGAAAGAUUGCGAUGCUGCCAUUUAAGAGUAAGUCAAUCUACUUGCAGGCCUGUCUCAGUCUUGAUGGACUACGAGAUUUGGCAUCCAAUAUCCGUAUACUGACACGGGCGUUAGCUGUAUGGUACAUGAGCGAAACGGCAUCGUACGGAGUUCGAGCCCUACAAGGCCUAGAUCGCAAUGAAGACAAAAAGCGCAGUCAAGACGUGGAAGAAGUGUCUAAUGCCAACAAUUCUCGGGGUUUGGAUGAAGGUAAGAUUAUGGACUUGCGAAGCGUGAAGGAUACCAGUUCUGACGAUAUAUAUGUUGCCACAGCAAUCAACAGGGCGUCUUAUGACAGGGACGAUGCUUAUACACGUGCCAUCACAGCUUCUGGUAUGAGUUGGAGUACAACUCAACCUCGCGAUGGCGAAGGGGUAUCAUUUGGAUCUUCCCGCUCUCAUUCGUCCGCACCUAGUGGCAAUAGGGAAUAG